AUAUCGCAAGCGGACGUGGAGGAGGCUCGUUCCAGACCGGAACGGAUCAUGGCCCGAGAUAUCAAGAAAAUGUACGAUCACGGGGAUGACUUGGAACAGUUGGAUUCACAGGGAGCUGCUCCUAUCCACAUUGCCGCCGGCUGUGGUUAUCAAGAAGUUCUGACCAUGUUACUUCGAAUGGGAGUAAAUCCGGAUCUAUUGGACGCGGACUCUUGGACGCCAUCACAUGUGGCUGUUUGUUGGGGACAGGUUAGUGAGAAGUUUAACUCUGCCAGUCAGCCCAAUGUGAUUCUUACACAGUGUUGUCACAGCAAAGCAAUUUGGUUUCUCGAUUACCUGUGA